CUGAGUAUAAUAGAUAUUUUAAAUUGAUGUAUUAUAAUUAACACUAUAAAAGUAUAUAACAAACUUAAAAUGAAAGAAGUUGUAUUAGUGGGGCUUUUAUUUUGGUUUGAAAAGUCAACCGGAAGUUCCGACACUACUGGAAGUGGCUUGCAGCUAAAGCUAGAAAGGUUAUCAUCAGAGCCAAACGCUUAUUUAACUUAACUCAUGAGUAAGGUGGCAUUAAUUUGACACAUUGUUAGGACAUAAUGAGCAUGAACAUGAGAGAGAAGUAGAAAUACAGCCAAGUCGUUUAAAUAAACUUCAUUCCAACGACUACUUUUUACCUGAGGGAGAAAUCAAUGCUGAGGUUUUAUAUUUGAGAGAUGGGCUCUGAAAACCCAGAGGACUUUGGACCAGCUGUGAUCAUCGCUGAGGAAGAGCAGCAAGAAAUCGGAGGCCUGAUCAACUCUGAUGGAGAAGAAGUGGAUUUCUCAGAUCUCAGAGAGAAUGCCCUCCCUGGCGUUGUACCUGCAGAGACUCCCUCCAAGACAUUGGAUCAAAGCGAGAAUGAAAAACCUCCGUCCCUUCACAGCUGCUCAGUGUGUGGGAAAGACUUCCCUUACGCCUCUAAACUUCAGCGACACCUACGCACUCACUCAGGAGAGAGGCCUUUUCCCUGCUCCAUGUGCGAGAAAAGAUUUCCAGAAAAGGGGCUGCUCAUGAUCCAUGAAAGGGUCCACACUGGGGAGAAGCCAUUCCCAUGCACUUUCUGUGAGAAAAGAUUUGCCAGUCAGGGUGAGCUCAGGCUGCACCGGCGGACACACACCGGUGAGAGGCCGUAUCACUGCUCCAUCUGCCUCAAGAGCUUUUCCCGACACUGGCAUCUGAAAACUCACUUGGAGGCGAUGCACUCCGAGGUCGUCGCUGGCUUCACGAGGAAGAAGUUUCCGUGUUCGGACUGUGAUAAGAGCUGUAACUCAGCAGCUGAGCUGAGAGAUCACCAGAGGACUCACACCGGAGAGAGGCCCUACCAGUGCUCUUUCUGUGACAAAAGGUUUGCCUUGUCGGGUACACUUGUGAGGCACGAGCGUCUGCAUACUGGCAUUACGCCCUACCACUGCUCCGACUGUGGUAAGACAUUUGCACAGCAGUGGACUUUGACGACACACAUGCGGACUCACACGGGAGAAAAACCCUACAGCUGCACACAGUGCGAUAAGUCUUUUGUAGCUCCAGGAGAGCUUCGGAGGCACACCAGGAUUCACACGGGAGAAAAGCCGUACACCUGCAAGGACUGUGGGAGGCACUUCUCACUGGCGGGAACGCUCAGAAACCACAAAAGGUCGUGUACACAGAACAAGAAUGUAUCGGUUACAGGUGACGUCUCAGAGCCACUUCAAGGUGCAGUUGGUGAAUCUUCCCAGGAAGAGCUGGCCAACAACACCAGCGCUGAGGUGUCUGACAGUCAGAGUUUGCCCAGUGCAGUUGAGCCCCAGACCUCAGAGGCUGUAAACGGUGACAAAGCAGCUCAGUGUGAAAAUAACCUGCGAGCACCAGAAGACCGAGCGGAGGAUGUCGCCUCCAGUCCGCAUAUGAAUGUAAUAGUGAAGGAGGAGGAAGAAGAGGAACCUCUGUGUGAAGAAGCUCCUGACCAGAUGUCUGGUAGUGAGGAUUGCACCGUGCAGGAGGAAACGGAGGAGCAGCAUCAGGAAAGCAACACAGAAAUUAGGAUUACAGUAAAGGAGGAAGAAGAGGAACUUGUGAACAUGUCUGGAGAGGAUCUGGAACAUGUGUCUGACAGCGAUAAAGAAAGUCCUCCAGCCUCACCGGGGCAGGAGCAGAGUAGCGACAGUCUGACAAAGAGCUCGUACUGCUGCGGGCUCUGUGGCAGAGACUGUCACAAGAUGUCUGCUCUUCAGAUUCACAUGCGAAUUCACUCAGGAGAGAAACCUUACCAAUGCGCUCUGUGUGGGAAGCAGUUCACCCAGAAAGGUCAACUCAAAGGUCACCAGAAAGUCCACACAGGAGAGAAACCGUUCUCCUGCCCGGACUGCGGGAAGAGCUUCGCCCACUCGGGGGCGAUGAACAGACACCGGCUCACACACACGGGAGAGAGGCCUUACCAAUGCUCCGUCUGCGACAGGAGCUUCAACCAGUCCGGCCGCUUGAGGGAACACGAGAAAAUCCACUUUGGGGAGAAGUUUGACUGUCCCGAGUGUGAAAAGAGUUUCACACGAGCCUCAAGCCUCAAGAACCAUUUCAGGCUUCACACGGGAGAGCGGCCGUACGCCUGCGACGUCUGCGGGAGAGGCUUCAGCCGCUCGCAGAGCCUGAGGCUCCACAAACGCAAACACGAGCCGAAUCACACCGAGGAGGACUUCAGUGGGAAGAACGAUGAUUUAUCACAGAGCGACGAUAACUCUCCAAUUAAUAUGUGUAUAGCGGACAAAAAUGACUGAUAAUGUAUUUAUAUAAACCAUAGAGAUAUGUACCAGUAGUAUAAGGAUACAAGAUUUUAGGCAGUAAAACAUGAGCAGAAGGAGGGAAAUGAAGAAGACUACCUCUGUGAAUAGGCCGUCAUUAAAACUUUAUGUGGUGGUUCACAAAAAAGUAUUAAAGCUAAAAUAUUUAACUCCCUGAAAUGAAUAAACGGACACGUACCAGGUGAUGUUCAGCAACUAACAACACAGUUUCAGACAAAAUGACCAAACAAAUAUUUACUACAAACACUUUUAUCUUGGAAACUGUUGGAGGAGAAAUGUUAGAGGUCAUAUUUACUCUCUGUUAUCACUCUUACCUAUGUUAGCUGCAUCGAAAUAUCGCACUCACCGUUAGAGUAUUUAUUGUAGAACAAAUAACUAAUUUAAGGUCUGUGAUUUCACAUUUUUCCAUGCAGUAUUUGUCAUUUAAACUAACAGUGUAUGUGGAAAAUGGAUUGAAGAGUAAUUUUGUUUCUGUAUCGGACGUUACGACGGCCAGUGAGCAGUCUGCGAAUCAGGUGAAACUGGAAUUCAUUCUUUGGUUAUGAGCUACUGAAAUGUCAGAAAUAUUUUAUCCAGUAAUAAAGCAAUGGGAUCAUGAUGUUCAUCAGAUUGUUUGCCAAAACCUUUUUGCCUUAGUGGUGAUUAAUCUUUAUAUCUCUUUAUGCUAUUCAACAACCAAAUCAUGAAUCAGGCUCACCUGGUUUAGACAAGUCUUAAAGGCCAAGUAACUUGUGAAUAAAGGAGUCAUCCUAAAGGCUGUGAGACGAAAGGCAUUUUGAAACCACGUCGAUGGUCAAUUUCGCCCCGUGCUGCCUCUUGUCUAAUUGUAUGGGACAUGUUAUACGGAAGAAUAAAAGUGAAAGUACUUAAGAUUGUUUU